AUGACUGGAAAAGAUGCAGGUUUCGUUACUUUGUUUACAGGACAUGUUGGACACCCACAAAUAACUUUUCACUGCAUUGUGCACCAACAAGCCCUAUGUUCAAAAAACGGCUUAAACGAACUUGAAGAGAUUAUGAAAUGUGUAACAAAAACCGUAAACUUCAUUACUGCCCGUGCUUUGAAUAAGAGAAAAUUUGAACAGCUGCUAAAUGAAGUUCAGUCCAGUUACUCUGGCUUAUUAAUGUACAACAACGUACGUUGGCUAAGCCGAGGUCACGUUCUGGAACGGUUUGUGGAAUGCCUUGAUGAAAUUCGAAUCUUUAUGGAUGAUAACAAACAAAAUUGCUCAGAAUUGACAAAUGUUGACUGGCUUAUCAGACUAAUGUUUUUUACCGAUUUUUCAUCCCAUUUCAAUGAACUUAAUACGAAGUUGCAAGGUUUCGGAAAAUCUGUCGAUCAGGCCUUUGACAUCUUGACAGCAUUUGAGAAAAAGUUGAAGAUUUACAAACGUGACAUAGAGGAGGAAGAAUUAAAACAUUUUAACAAAUUGAAGAAAUUUUAUGAUGAUUUAAAAGUUCAUGGUACUACCGGCAAUGAUUAUCAGAAAAGAUUGUUUUGA